UCCUCCGAUCUAGAUCAUGCCACACGUUGACAUGCUGUACCAGCAGCUGCAGAAGAAGGACACUGAUGCAGUCUUCAUCAAGCGUGCCCUCCAGACCUUCACAAGCAGUGUGCAGGCAAUAAGAGACUCCUCUCAACAGCAGCAGGAACUAGCGACAGGAACCACAAGACCGAGGAGGGCCUUGGGAGAAGAGGAGAAGCAAAAGCUGUCAAGGGAGUUCUGCAACACAAUCCUGGCUCACGCCAGACAAAGGUUCUCCUUCGCUGACCACCUUGUGAGUGCCACACUGCUACAGGCAGAGAUGUUUGAGCAGCACUGCCAUACAUUUCCUGUCGAGGCUCUGAAUGCCACUGUGAGGGCAUAUCCCAUGCUGAACACGGCAAAGCUCAGGACAGAACUGUCUCUCAUCUAUGAGAAUCCAGAGUUCAAGGGCUGCUGUGGCGCUCUGGCACUGUACCAGGUUCUGCAGAGAUACAACCUCCAAGAGACAUUUUCUGAGACUGUGGCUCUGUUGAACAUUCUCAUAACCACUCCCAUGACAACGGCUGAGGCUGAGCGGUGUUUCUCAACACUGAAGAGAAUCAAGAUGUUCCUGCACAAUGCAAUGGGCCAGGAAUGUCUGAAUGCACUGGCCAGGCUCUCCAUGGACAGGGAGCUUGUCAGGAACAUGCCUGAUUUCAAUGAGAGGGUUAUUGAUCACUUUGCUGCUCUGAAAGAGAGAUGA